GGAAGUGAAGCUGAAAAAGUUGUCAACUCUUUCAUCAGCCACGCGGCUAAACUGUGUACGCUCUGGUUCCACGUACUCGCUGAGUGGUUCGGAAUGGACGCAGACCGUAUGACCGAGUACACGACGCGGCUGCAGAAGCAGGAGUGCGAGAUCCAAAGUCUCUCCGCUGAACUUGAGGUUCUGAAGAAUCCGCAGAGGUUGAAUCCAUCUUGUCGUCUGGAUGAGCUGCGAGAGGAGAACAGCAGGCUGCAGUAUCGCCUCAACAUCCUCAAGAGGAGUCUGCAGGAGGACGCUCCCCACUGCGGGACCGCCAUGAUGAACAUCAACCAGCGGCUGCAGGACAUUUUCGGCCAGGCCAUCCGAGCCUCCUGCCCCGAGCUGGACAGCCCGCCGCUCUCCGUCACGCCCAACCAGCAGGCCAAGUUUGGAGACUACCAGUGCAACAGCGCCAUGGCCAUGGCACAGAUGUUGAAGGCAAAAGGCAUGAAAGUCAACCCGAGGGACAUCGCCGAGAAGAUCAUUCAGAACAUUCCGGAAAACGAACUCUUCCAGAAGACGGAAAUCGCAGGACCAGGCUUCAUCAACAUCCACCUGAAGCGAUCGUUUGUGUCCAGGCUGUUGAGCAACCUUCUGGUCAACGGCGUGCAGCCGCCUCCGCUCGCCUCCAGGAAGAGGGUGGUGGUGGACUUUUCGUCGCCCAACAUCGCCAAGGAGAUGCACGUGGGCCACCUGCGCUCCACCAUCAUCGGCGAGAGCAUGUCUCGACUGUUUGAGUUCUUGGGCUACGACGUGCUCAGGCUGAACCACGUCGGCGACUGGGGCACACAGUUCGGCAUGCUCAUCGCACACCUGCAGGAUAAAUUCCCAAACUACCUGACAGUGUCGCCCCCCAUCGGAGACCUGCAAGCCUUCUACAAAGAGUCCAAGAAGCGUUUCGACGAGGACGAGGACUUCAAGAAGCGAGCGUAUCAGUGCGUGGUCCGGUUGCAGAGUAAAGAACCCGACUUCAUCAAAGCUUGGAAGCUCAUCUGUGACGUCUCCAGGAAAGAGUUCCAGAAGGUUUACGACUGCCUGGACGUGAACAUCAUCGAGCGGGGGGAGUCCUUCUACCAGGACAUGAUGAUGGAGGUGGUGAAGGAGUUUGACGAGAAAGGCCUGACGGAGCUGGACGAGGGCCGCAAGAUCGUCUUCGCCCCGGGUCAGUCCAUCCCGCUCACCGUCGUCAAGUCGGACGGCGGCUACACGUACGACACGUCGGACCUGGCCGCCGUGCGCCAGCGCAUUUUUGACGAAAAGGCUGACCUCAUCGUCUAUGUGACGGACAGCGGGCAGGGUACACACUUCCAGGUGGUGUUCGCCGCCGCCAAGAUGAUCGGAUGGUACGACCCCCAGGUGACCAGGAUAGAGCACGCCGGAUUUGGAGUGGUGCUGGGAGAAGACAAGAAGAAGUUUAAGACUCGCUCUGGCGACACUGUGAGGUUGAUGGACCUGCUGGACGAGGGACUGAAGCGAUCCAUGGACAAACUUAAGGAGAAAGAGCGUGACAAGGUUUUGACGCCGGAGGAGCUGACGAAGGCCCAGCGCUCCGUGGCGUUCGGCUGCAUCAAAUACGCCGACCUGUCGCACAACCGCAUCAACGACUACGUCUUCUCCUUCGACAAGAUGCUGGACGACCGCGGCAACACGGCGGCGUAUCUCCUCUACGCCUUCACCCGCAUCCGCUCCAUCGCCCGUCUGGCCAACGUGGACAAGGCGUCCUUGAGGAAGGCGGCCGAGACCACCGAGGUCCUCCUGGAGCACGACAAGGAGUGGAAGCUGGGCAAGUGCAUCUUACGCUUCCCCGAGAUCCUGCAGAAGAUUCUGGACGACCUGCUGCUGCACACGCUGUGCGAUUACCUCUACGAGCUGGCCACCACCUUCACCGAGUUCUACGACAGCUGCUACUGCGUGGAGAAGGACCGACACACGGGUGAGGUGGUGAAAGUGAAUAUGUGGCGAAUGUUGCUCUGCGAAGCCACCGCAGCCGUCAUGGCCAAAGGCUUCGACAUCCUCGGCAUCAACCCCGUGCAGAGGAUGUGAUGGCGUCGGCUGUACUUUUCCAUUACCGCCACCCGAUAUGAUCAUGAACUCACCUUAGCAUCAUGUUCAUAUUAUUAUUUUUUUUAAUUAAAAAGCUGAUAUGGAACACUCUGCUGGCCAGUAAUCGAUUAUUUUUCUUCUUCCCCUUCUUCAACACUGGCAGUACUUAAAUUACGUAUGUACUUGAGCAUUAGGAGCAAUGGGUGGACUGUAAUGUUAAAAAGUACAAGUGUUGUAAUCUUAAAAAAUAUGAAUGCGUUACCGUUAGCAUUGUAAUAUUAAAAAGCAUUACAGUAAAGGCCCGUGCAUUUGCAGAAUCAUCUAUUUGCAAAUUUUGCGGGCGGAACCUACCCCUUUGUUGUUCGAGGUAACCGCUGGGUCACGGUAUUCCCCCCACCGCGAAAUCUAUUUUUAGUUAAAAGUUAAAUGUAAUUGCACCUUCAUAAAUGUUUGAAAAUAAGCAGUUCAAGAUUAUGUGAAACUAUUUCACGUACAAGUUAAAUAUAACUGAACUGUACUUAAGAAAUGUAGUGUACUGGAUUGGAAAAAAAAGUUGAAGUCACUGUGACAUGAUGAACAUUUAAUUCAGUAAUUCUUUUGCGUACCACUAGUGGUACUCGUCGUGCCACACUUUUGAACAUCACUGGCAUAGCUUAAGUAGGUUGAUUUUUUACGAAGGUUGUUGUAGACAUUGGGAAGCUACACUUUCCUGGUGCUAAAUGCUAAUAAAAACAAGUUACACUUCUGUGGUAACCUGCGGACAGCAUAGCAUUCAUAGUUUGACUUUAAUGGAAAGUUGUUAAAUGAAACAUUGGAAAGUUACACUUGCUUGUUAGCAUAGCAUUUUUUUUUCAUGUGAAAGAGUUAUGUGCCAAACUGCAAACAAUGCUAACAUACAAAUGUAGACAUCUGUAUUUUUUAUUUAUGUAGUUUUUUGUAAAUACAAAUUAUACAUAUACUAGGUAUACUGGCAUACAUAGAUGGGCUAUAAAUGUUAAUGGAGUCAGGGACUAUAUGCUGUCUCGUUAGCGUAGCCGCAGAACGUAAGUGUUAGCGUAGCGUGACAUUUUGGUCAUGACGCAUUCUAUGACGAGGUUAUUUGUGGCCAAAUCCUAACCGAGGGACUAAAAAGUACGCCAGGCCUUCAACGAGUUGGGUUAGAAUAGAUUUUUUAGUUUUUUGCAGUAGUCCACUGUGUCACUUCAACCUGUGCUAUGCGCCACACGACAAAAUCUAAAGAAAAUUCCAGUGAGCUUCAAAUCAGCCCGCCUUCUUUUUUUCUUUUUUUCCCCUGUGCUCUUGUUCUUCCUCAUAUUCGUCAUCAAAAGUGUUUCUCCACAGCCACGCUCGUCCUUCGCCAUGAAAAGUCUUUUUAUUUUUCUAAUGAUUUAUUUCCCCCGACUUGUCGUCUCUGGCGUGGAGAGAUUAAAACGUCUCAUCUCGGAUGAAAUCGAGAUAUAUGGAAAUGUAUGCAAUGAGCAAGAGUGGGUGUCGCAAGUCUGACAACAGAGGUGACUUGUUUUGAUGCGCCGUGUGACUGACAUCUUUAUUAAACUCGUUUUCUCUUUUGAAUUGCUUGUUUUCCCCUUUAAAUAGGUUGUUUGUUGUUUUAAGUGUGUUCCCCCCUUUAAAUACUGUUUUCUGCUUUAAAAUGGUUGUUUUCUCAUUUAAUUCUGUUGCGGUUUCCUCCUUCAAUUUUGCUGCAUUUUCCCUUUUAAAAAGACAAGACGCAGGUUCUCAGAGAGAA